CAAGCACACGUGGAAGCAUCAAGUGCAUGUUGUUUUCCAGCCAUGCAUUUGGCUGGCUUCUCUUCAGCUUGACAGUGGCUUUUGCAGACGCGGGCGCUCUUUGUGCACCAUCUGUGCAUCUUCGGCCGGUAUCGACGAUGCCCUGGACAUGGAAGGUGUUCCGUAGAGCUGAGGCAAAGGACAGCCCGAGAGCGAAUAUGCACGUCGCCGUGGUGGGCGCUGGGGUGGCGGGCCUGGCCUGCGCCCGGGCCUUGCGGAGGUCUGCGCGGGUGGAGGUCUUUGAGGCUGCGGAGGCGGUGGGGGGCCGGGUGAAGACGGACCGAGUGCCGCUGCCAGGUCGACUGUCAGGUGGUGCCAGCGAAGGCAGCUUCCUCUUGGACCAUGGCUUCCAAAUCCUUAUCGAGGCGUAUCCCGAGGUGAAACGCUUAGAUCUCAAGAAGCGCCUGAAGCUGCGCGGCUUCGCCCCCGGGGCGUAUCUCGCCUUCGGCGGCGGCGAGCUGCGGAUCGUGGCGGACCCCUCGCGGAGCCCUCGCUACCUCUGGCGCACCGUGGCCAGCGGCAUCGCUUCCUUUUGGGACAUCCUGGCGCUGGGCAUGCUGCGCCUGCGCCAGGUGUUCCUGGAAGGCCCCUAUGCCGCGCUGGAGCGGGAGGGGAAGGCGUCCUCUGGGCAGAGCACCGAGGCGUUCCUGCGGUCCUUGGGCCUGUCGAGGUCCUUGGUGGAUCGCUUUUUGCGACCCUUCUUCGAGGCCAUCUACGUGACGCCGCUGAAAGCGCAGAGCGCCGCCUGCUUCCAGUUUGUUUUGCGGAUGCUGGCGGAGGGCAACUCCUCUCUGCCAGAGGGUGGCAUGCAGGCCUUGCCGGAGCACUUGGCCGAGGGCCUCGAGCUGCACCUGGGCGCUCCAGUGGAGCAGCUGCACGCGGGCGGCGACUCGGACUUGGAGCGCCCGGCGCUGCGGCUCCGGGGCGAAGGCGGCGUCCGCGGCUUCGACGCCGUGGUGCUGGCCACCGAUGGCCCCGCCGCCCGGCGCCUUCUGCCGGAGCUGCCGGAGCUGCCGAAGACGGCCAGUUGCACCUGGUACUUUGCCGUGCCUGGCGCCAGCAUGCCGGUGACGGAGCCCCUGAUCGUGCUGAACAGCACGGACCAGGUCGAGGAGGAUGGCCUCCGCCUGGUGAACGUGGGCUUCCCCUCCCUGGUCCAGCGGUCCUACGCGCCGGUAGGCUGGCACCUGGCGGCGGUGACGCUGCGGAACGGCCAGGGCGAGGAGGGCUGGGUGCGGCGCCAGCUGGCGGAUUUGUUCGGCAGAGAUGUGGGGGACUGGCAGCUGCUGAAGGUCUACCGCAUCCCCUUCCACCAGCCGGGCCAGUUCCCGAGCCAGCUGUGGCCGCCGCGCGACCCCCGCCCCUCCUUAAAAGGCAUCUACCUCUGCGGGGACUUCUUGGCGGAGCCCACGCUGGACUCGGCGCUGCGCUCCGGGCGCCGAGCCGCGGAGGCGGUGCUGAGCGAUGCGAAGUGAGGAUCGCAGGCGGUGCGAUCCGCGCGGUCCGAAACGGGCGUGGAAGAA